AUAACAUCUCAUCUUUUCUCUAUCUAAAAGAAUGGCUUCGAUCGUUUUCUUGAUUCUGUCCAUUGUUCUGAGUUACAUAACCUUUGGAGCCACAUCUCGUGGAGGACUCUUCGAAGCUUCUGCCAUAGAGAAACAUGACCAAUGGAUGUCUCGAUUCCAUCGUGUUUACUCCGACAAUUCUGAACAAGCGAGUAGAUUCGAGAUCUUUAAGAAGAACUUAGAGUUCGUUGAGACUUUCAACAUGAAUACGAACAUAACGUUCAAGUUAGAUGUCAACCAGUUUUCUGAUCUCACCGAAGAGGAGUUCCGGGCGAAGUACAUGGGGCUUGUGGUCCCCGAAGGUACAAAAGAACUUUCAGAAACCGACAAGACUAUGUCGUUUAGAUUUGAAAAUGUCAGUGAAACCGGUGAGAGCUUGGACUGGAGACGGGAGGGGGCCGUUACAUCCGUUAAGAACCAAGGCCAAUGUGGAUGUUGCUGGGCUUUCUCGGCGGUGGCGGCCGUUGAAGGCAUUACAAAGAUUGCAAAAGGUGAGCUUGUAUCCCUGUCGGAACAGCAGCUGGUGGAUUGUAGUAGAGACUUUAACAAUGGAUGCAAUGGAGGGAUAAUGUCAAAAGCUUUCGAGUACAUUAUUAACAACCAAGGAAUCACCACGGAGGAUAACUAUCCUUACCAAGAAUCACAAGGAACAUGUUCUUCAGCCACCCAAUCUACUGAUUUCGUUGCUGCUACCAUCAGUGGAUACGAGACGGUCCCAAGUAAUGAUGAGGAAGCAUUGCUAAAGGCUGUGUCUCAACAGCCUAUUUCUGUGGCGAUAGCUGGGUCAGGGGCUGCGUUUAUGCAAUACUCCGGGGGGAUAUUUGACGGAGAGUACUGUGGGACGCACCAGAAUCAUGCGGUUACAAUUGUUGGUUAUGGGAUUAGUGAAGAAGGGACUAAGUACUGGUUAUUGAAGAACUCAUGGGGAGAAAACUGGGGAGAAAAUGGUUACAUGAGAAUCAAGAGAGACGUGGAUGCACCUGAAGGAACGUGCGGUUUGGCCCAUUUUGCUUACUAUCCACUUGCAUGA